AUGUUUGUUAUAUCUGGUAUGUCUGAUGCAUGGUGGUUUGCAAGACAUUCCGAUACUGGAAUGAGUGGAUACAUACCCAGUAACUACGUCUGUCUGAAUGAUGGACUUCCAACUAGCUUGGAUGCCUGGUAUGACAUAGGUCGACGUGAAGCUGAUCGAAAACUUUUGCUAGUGGGGAACCCCAAAGGAACAUACCUUAUUAGACCUAGUUCAGAAACCCAGAAUUAUGCACUCUCUGUUCGACAUUAUGACUCCGAAAAAAAUAUGUGGGUUGUAAAACACUAUCGCAUUCGGAUCCUUGAUAAUAACGGUGGCUUCUUUAUUAGUAUUCGCACGACCUUCCCGAAUAUUCAGGACCUCAUAAAUUAUUAUACAGUACACCCAGAUGGUUUAUGCUGUCGAUUGUCUAUCCCAUGCCCACGUGCAUAUCGUCCACCCGUGCAAUUUCGUGAUUUUGAAAUUAAUCGUGAUAGCAUAACAAGAAUUCGAAAGUUGGGUCAAGGUACAUUUGGAGAAGUCUAUUUAGCUAAAUGGAAUGGUUCAGUCGAAGUAGCAGUUAAAAUGAGACUCGAUCCUACAGAUCGUAGUCGAUUUAUUGAAGAAGCACGCCUUAUGCAUGCUUUUCAUCAUCCACGUAUUGUUCAACUUUUGGGCGUAUGUACUGAACCGGAAGACCAACCAGUUUAUAUUAUUACUGAAUUAAUGCGCAAAGGAGCUUUAUAUGAUUUUUUACGUACAGAAGAAGGACAUAAAUUGACUUUGGAUGAUUUAAUUGAUAUAAUGGCACAGAUUGCUAGUGGUAUGUCGUAUUUGGAAGAAAUGAAUUCUGUUCACCGAGAUUUACGUGCAGCUAAUAUCUUAGUGGAUCAAGAUUACUCAGUUAAAGUUUCAGAUUUCGGAUUGGCUAAAAUCAUUAGCGAUGAUUCUCAUGCUGAUCCAAAUACUAAAUUUCCUAUUAAGUGGACAGCUCCAGAGGCGGCUUUACAGCAUAUCUUUAGUAUAAAGUCUGAUGUAUGGUCGUUUGGUAUAUUGAUGUAUGAAAUAGUCACUUACGGUGGAACGCCUUAUCCAGGAAUGACUACUCGUCAGACAGUAGCUGAGGUUGAAAAAGGUUAUCGAUUACCUUGUCCUCAUACUCCUGAACACCCUUGUCCUGAUGACCUAUACAAUCUUAUGCGAAAAUGCUGGGACGCUAGACCAGAGAAUCGUCCUACAUUUCGUUCUUUGUAUGAUGUUUUUGAAAACUGGUCUACACACACAGAAGCUCAAUAUCUAGAUAACUAG